GAAGAGGGGGUUCUGGGAGGUUGUAGGGCAGGGGGCCUGGGGGGCUGGAGGCAUCUUCUUGCGCCCUCCGUUCCCUGGCUCCUGGCCAGCUCUGCCAGCCCCCUCCCAGCCGGAGGCCUCCCUUUUCCCCGGUCUUCCCAAGCCCGGAGAAUAAACAGCAGAUAAGUCAGGGAGGGGACAGAGCGGCCCUGGGCACGCCUUGGAGAGGAGUGAGGCACCGGAGGGCAGCAUGGGCUGGCUGGCGCCGGGACAGAUAAAACCUGAGGCAAGGAGCGACUCCACAGUAUAAUCCACCCAGGCCCAGAGAGCUCCGGCAACUCGCCCGGGCCACACUGCGAGGCCAGCACAGUCGCGGCUCUGCCCUCCCUGAACCCGAGACCCAUGUGGCAGCAACCCACGUGCUUGUCCCAUCCAACUCUUUCCCUUCCCGGGGCGCCGCCAGUGAACGCUGCCCAUGCCCGCAGGUCGAGCACGGAGCUGCGCAAGGAGAAGUCCCGGGAUGCAGCCCGCAGCCGGCGCAGCCAGGAGACCGAGGUGCUGUACCAGCUGGCGCACACGCUGCCCUUCGCGCGCGGGGUGAGCGCCCACCUGGACAAAGCCUCCAUCAUGCGCCUCACCAUCAGCUACCUGCGCAUGCACCAACUCUGCGCCGCAGGGGAGUGGAACCAGGUGGGAGCAGGGGGCGAACCACUGGAUGCCUGCUACCUGAAGGCCCUGGAGGGCUUCGUUAUGGUGCUCACCGCCGAGGGAGACAUGGCUUACUUGUCAGAGAAUGUCAGCAAACACCUGGGCCUCAGUCAGCUUGAGCUGAUCGGACACAGUAUCUUUGAUUUUGUCCAUCCCUGUGACCAAGAGGAGCUUCAGGACGCCCUGACUCCCCGGCAGAGCCUGUCCAAAAAGAAGCCGGAGGCCCCCACCGAGAGGUGCUUCUCCUUGCGCAUGAAGAGCACCCUCACCAGCCGCGGGCGCACCCUCAACCUCAAGGCGGCCACCUGGAAGGUACUGCACUGUUCUGGACACAUGAGGGCCUACAAGCCCCCUGCACAGUCUUCCCCGGCCGGGAGCCCCCACUUGGAGCCCCCCCUGCAAUGCCUGGUGCUAAUCUGUGAAGCCAUCCCCCACCCUGGCAGCUUGGAGCCCCCGUUGGGCCGGGGGGCCUUCCUCAGCCGCCACAGCCUGGACAUGAAGUUCACCUACUGUGAUGAGAGGAUUGCGGAGGUUGCUGGCUACAGCCCCGAUGACCUGAUUGGCUGUUCUGCCUAUGAGUACAUCCAUGCGCUGGACUCAGAUGCAGUCGGCCAGAGCAUCCAUACCUUGCUGAGCAAGGGCCAGGCAGUAACGGGGCAGUACCGCUUCCUGGCCCGGAGUGGUGGCUACCUGUGGACCCAGACCCAGGCCACAGUGGUGUCGGGGGGCCGGGGCCCCCAGUCUGAGAGUAUCGUCUGCGUCCAUUUCCUGAUCAGCCGGGUGGAAGAGACCGAAGUGGUGCUGUCCCUGGAGCAAACGGAGCGACACUCUCGCAGACACGUUCAGCGGGGCACCCCCUCUCAGAAGGAUGCCCCUAAUCCUGGUGACAGCCUUGACACCUCUGGUCCCCGGAUCCUAGCCUUCCUGCACCCCCCUGCCCUGAGUGAGGCCGCCCUGGCCGCUGACCCCCGUCGUUUCUGUAGCCCUGACCUCCGUCGCCUCCUGGCACCGAUCCUGGAUGGGACUUCAGUAGCCGCUACCCCCAGUGCACCCCCAGCCCCACGACGCCCCCGAAGUCCUCUUCCGGCUGAUCUCCCAGAUGAACUACUUGUGGAUGUGGAGAAUGCACACAAACUCUUCGCCUCUGGGAAAGACCUCGAGGCAGUGGAGACAGAUCUAGAUAUAGCUCAGGACGUCGAUGCUCUGGACUUGGAGAUGCUGGCCCCCUACAUCUCCAUGGAUGAUGACUUCCAGCUCAACUCCAGUGAGCAGCUACCCAGGGCCUACCACAGACCUCCAGGGGCUGUUCCCCGGCCCCGUGCACGGAGCUUCCACGGCAUGUCGCCCCCAACCCCUGAGCCCUCCCUGCUGCCCCGCUGGGGGAGUGACCCCCGGCUGAGCUGUUCCAGCCCCUCCAGAGGGGACCCCUCAGCAUCCUCCCCCAUGGCUGGGGCUCGGAAGAGGGCCCUGGCCCAGAGUGCAGAGGACGAGGCAGAGGGGGUGGAGCUGCUGGGAGUGAGACCCCCCAAACGGUCCCCCAGCCCAGAACCCGAAAACUUCCUGCUGCCUCCCCUCAGCCUGAGUUUCCUUCUGACAGGAGGACCAGCCCCAGGGAGCCAGCAGGAUCCCAGCACCCACCUCCUAGAACUGAAUGAGCCCCUGGGCCUGGGCCCCUCCCUGCUCUCUCUCUACCCGGACGAGGACACCGCCCAGCCCAGGAGCCACUUUCAGCCAGCGGCAGGCUUGGCCCAGGCCAACUGAGCCAGGUCCUCUUCCCACCUCCCUUCUCCCCCCACAAGAAAGGACGUCAAUCAUACUCCAAGCCGGCAGCCAAUGCACAGGAUGGAGGUGCCGGGAGAGGGGCUCCCUCUCUCCUCUCGGUGACCCCCGCCCGCCUCAGGCCUACCUCAGUCCCCACCCCUCUGCCCCACCCCCACUGUCUGGGGGUGCUCCGGGGUGGUCUCAGCUCAGUGACCUCUGGGAGGGGGUCCCUGGCCCCCUCCUGCUUCUCUCAGGACUUCCCUUGGGGUUCUCAGUACCGGUUACCUCAU